CAUUUUCUGUGUUUGGUUAACCCCAAAAAAAUAUGAAUAUAUUAUUAAUAAAAAUAUUUUUACAAAUGAAGUACCCUGUACACAACUCUCACGAUAAUUAAUGGAAGCACUAACUAUUUUUUCUCUAUCGAUCCACUCACUUGAUUUAUCUCACACACACCACUCAUUUUGUGCCUCUCUUUCUCUCUGUUUCUCUCACUUUCUUCCCACACACAUAUACAGUACACUAUAACACUAUAUAGAGGCAGGAAGUCGGUGGAAUUGGUUCAGCCAAACUCUGGAUUAUUCCUUCCAUUGGCGGUGGUAGAAUUCUCCGGAGUAUCUAGAUUUCUCCAUGAACGGCGGUGGUCUUCAACUCUAGAAUUUUUCUUCAAAGUCGAUGAUGACUUCUACAAAGGUAUCAUAUAGCAGCAGUUCAACAUGGUCCCUCUCCGGCAUGACCGUUCUUGUCACCGGUGGCACUCGUGGAAUCGGACACGCAAUUGUGGAAGAACUUGCUAAAAUGGAUGCUAUCGUGCAUACAUGUUCAAGAAAUGAAGAACAGCUCAAUCAACGUUUGAAAGAAUGGAAUUCCAAAGGAUUCAAAGUGACUGGUUCUGUGUGUGAUGCUUCUUCUAGAGUCCAAAGAAUAGAACUCAUGGAUAAAGUCUCCUCAAUUUUCAAUGGCAAGCUCGACAUUCUUAUAAACAAUGUUGGUACAUUCAUCACAAAGCCAGCCGUUGAUUAUUCAACCGAAGAAUAUAACAAUAUAAUGGCUACAAACUUGGAAUCUCCUUACCAUCAAUGCCAACUUGCUUAUAAUCUUCUUAAAGCUUCGGGCAAUGGAAGAAUUGUUUUCAUUUCCUCUGUGGGUGGUCUGGUAAACAUAGGUAGUGCAUCCGUUUAUAGUGUGACUAAAGGUGCAAUAAAUCAACUUACAAAGAACUUGGCUUGUGAAUGGGCAAAAGAUGGCAUUCGGGUCAAUUGCGUUGCACCUUGGUUAAUCAGAACCUCUCUUGUGGAACAUGUAAUACAUUUUUUUAAAUUACUUGUACUGAAUUUUCUAUUGCUGCAAUUAGAGGUAUCAAAGCGAGAAUCUUUGAACCAUUCUUAGUUAGGUGUGGACUAGUAGGAAACAGGACCAAAGCCGCACGCAUUAAGGGUUCGGAAUAUUUAAUACUAAAACUACUUGUUUCUUCUCGAGAUCA